CAGUUGCCGUUUUUUACAGGCUAUCUUCCUUACUUUCUCUACAUUUCUUCUACUACUAAACAAAGACUCUCAAAUACACAGUAUCUCUAGGUUUGUUUAUGUUCUUUCUUUCUCUGUUUGUUUAUUAAAAUUGUCAAAGCAAAAUUUGGCAAAGCAAAAUUUCAAAUUGAAGCAAAAAAGUCAAGGUUCAAAGCACACUGUGAACAACAGGAAGAAGAAAUUCUAACUGUCUAAUCAAGUAAAGGUUUGGGAAUUUUUGGUUUGAAGAUAAUGUUGUUGUUAGGUAUGAAUUCAAAGAGACAGAGACGCCCAAAUGUUAGGUUAAAUGAGAUAGGAGAUGUUUCAGCUGCUGUAUCUAGUUUUACUUCUUCUCAUAGACCUAACCAAAAUUUGGAGGAAAACUACCCUGGGCAGUCAUUUUAUGAUCCAAUUUAUGGAUAUCCAAUCCCAAGUUCUGAAUUCAUGGAAAUGGAUCAUGGUCCAGCUCAGAAUGAUACUCAGCAGAAUAGAGAGAAUUGGAAUCCUAAUUCAUCGAAAUCACCUUUCGAUUUUACAUGUUCAGAUGAGGGAUAUAUGAGUAAACCCAAGUUGGAUUUUGGUGUUGUUACUAAGAGGGGUAGAGUAAUGAAGCGCCGAGGUAGAAGUACCAGAGUGUAUAGUGGACUUGCUGGUGGAGCUUGGAGUUCUAGGUUAAGUCCUGCUGCGAAAAGCAACAGCUUUGAUGGGUCGAAAUUGGAUGUGUACUUUGAUGAUGGUUAUACCAACAGGUUUGAUGAUUCUAUGGAUCGUCAUACUUCAAAAACAGAUAAAGAAGAAGCUUGGGAAGAUUAUUUAGUUGAUCCUGCUGUUUCUGAAUCGCGAGGUGGAGAUGAUUCUGAUGAGACAUUGUCAAGGGAUGCUUAUGAAAACCCUGAAACCGAAAACCCUGAAACUGUGGAUGCUGAGGAUGAUCCAUAUACUGAUCCUGAAUCUGGUUGUGGUAAUGGCAACAGCAAUAUUGGAUUUCCUGUUAGAGUAAUAAACAGUGUUAGUGACUGGCUGGAAGGUCUUGGGUUUAGUAAAUAUGUCGAUAUAUUCGAAAUGCAUGAGGUCGAUGAAGAUGCCUUGCCGCUACUUACUUUGGAGGAUCUUAAAGAGAUGGGUGUUGAUGCUGUUGGGCCUCGUCGCAAAUUAUAUAAUGCAAUUCGACUUCUCAGGGAGGAAGAUUCUGAUUGAACCAAAUGCUGAACUGUUAUAGAUGGGUAAGAUCUCUAUAUCGGCUUUUUUUUUGUGUAACAUAUACAUAUAUAGCAAGCCAAAACAAAUAAUGAGACGUGGUAGUCUUUUUAGCAUUUCUUUGUUGUUCUGUUGUUGUCAAAUGUCAAUAUAACAAACUCACGUGUUUUCGUAUGUCUUUGUAGUUCUUUUGAUGUCAAUAUAAGAAAGUUACACGUUUUACUCUAUAUUUGUACUUAAGUUGCUAUUUAAUAAAGUUGCAUACUCUGAUAUGUUUUAAUUA